AUGUUCUCUCUCACUCACGCAGCGGCGCAGGCGAUCAUACGUGACUCUGCACUUGCGGUCACUCAGGGCACGGAGGACUUUACAUCGCGCACUGCAAACGGCAACAACAUCAAUGCUCUCCUGCGCAUUCUCGGGCGCUUUGAGGGCAAGAACGCUUUCAGCCGUUCAGCAGAGAGCUGGCAGCUGUCAAAGGAGGUGCUCGCCUCUACAGUUGAGCAAUACCGCGGAAAGGUCCUCGAAAAUCCCGCCAUUAGUGAGGCGCAGCGUGCCUACCUGCAGGCAGCCAUCAACGCAGUUGACCUUUUCUUCGAUGCUGCACUUGCGGCGCAUCGCCUUCUUGAAGUGGCCUCUAUUCGCGAGCAGUUCAUCGUCUAUCCUACUAUCAGGCAGGAUUAUCGCGGUGGUCUACCUGUUGUGGAGAACUACAGUGUCUUCCAUACCAUGGCGGAGUGGGAACAAUUACAGGAUGUCUCAGUUGGCACAGGCGAGCCUCAGCAUGGCAUAGGCGCGGACGAGCAUGUGGAUGUGGCGCAGGGUGAAUUGGAGGGCGCUCAUGAAGACCUUGGGUCAGAGUCUGAUAGCGCGCAGUCGAUGAUGGAGAGCAGCGAGGACAACGAUUCUGCCAGUGACGGCGACGUUGCCAUGCAGGCAAUGGCAGGCUCAUCCUUCGAAGUAGAUGAAGCGCUUGAUAUCGACCAGGAGGCCAUUGAGGACGCGAUACAGCAUGCAAGUCCUUCGCUGCGCGUCGAGCUGGCUAGCACACGCCGCACUCUACACCAGGCGCGCCUCCUGCUGCAGACAGCUUUUGACUUCAAGGUGACCUGCGAGAAUGCAAUCAACAACAACGACCGCGUCCUCAACUUCAUGGAUGAUAUCAAUACAGAAGUUCGCGGACAAGAGGAGUCUGCCAUCCUCUGCGCCGACCUCGCGAACGAGAUUGAGGUCCUGGGCGAGUCUGAUGGUCAGACUGCAUCUCCUCUUGUUGGCCGUCUCGUGCAGGCUGCGGGCGAUAUCGCUAAGAAGAAGAACAAUAUCUCGGACGCCGCCUGCCGCACUGAGGAUUACGCAUUCAUGGCGAACUCAUUCAACGAGAAGGCGCUGAAGAAGGCGGACGAUAUGGUCACCUUUGCUACCCGCUCGGUUGAGCAGUACAAGGACUAUCUCGAGCAGCUCAUAGAGCAAUGCGAGGCGGAGAGGCUUAUGCUCGCUGACGAAUAG